AUGAGCCUUACCGACCCUCCUAUGCAGGAGGUCCAAACCCUGCUGCAGGCUUUGCAGCCGCACGCCGAGGAAUUUGGUUUCUUCUUACACUGGGGCCGCUUCUGCCAGCACAUUGCAGGAGUUUCACCUCCAGCACCGGUCCUCCGCAUGAGCGUCUACGUAUGGGGUGCCCACCUUCGGGGUCCCAGCUCUUCCACUCUUCACGAAGCGGACUUUCUGCAAAGAGCGCUUUCAUACACGACAUUGCCUCCGGAAGAGCAUCUCAACGAAGUCGUCGAGGUCGCGCAAGCGCACGUCCUCCUCAGCACAUACUUCUUCCGCCAAGACCGGGUCACAGAGGGUCAUUACCAUCUGGGAAUCGCCGUCUCCCUCGUCAUGGCCGUCCGCAUGCAUAAGGUCGGUCCUGUCAGUGUCGGUGGCGUCUCAACGGGCUCUACGCAGCCCGUGGGCCAAGUAGACGAAGGAGAGCGCAUCCGUGCGUUUUGGACGGUCUUCUUCCUCAGCACUUGCUGGUCGGCGUCUUCGAACCUGGGCUCUGCAAUUACCUCGGAUAAUGGCGCUCAGGUCGACGCACCGUGGCCUCUGGAGAUGUCCCAAUACGGACGCACGCCGGCCAAGCGGAGCUGA